AGCUGUGUGCCGUUCCAACCCCUUAUUCAAAAACUGCUCCUUCAACCAGCAGCAUCCUUGUGCUCUCAUGCUUUGGCGAGCGUGAUCUCCAUCUUUCGGCUUUCAUGUGUGCUGCAUUUCAGGUCCAGAGCUUCAAUAAAUCCUGAUGUCUUUACUGAACUCAUUCCUGGAGGCUAACUUGAGUUAAACAAGGAUUGCACAGAUUCGUCAGGGCUAACUGGACUUGACUGAAGAUCCAAAUAAAAACGGCACCAUGAAGGCACUUUUACUGCUCACCCUACUGGCGUUGUGUCAUGCAAAACCGUACAAGCCAAUCAACGUCAUGGAUUUCAUGAAGAAUAAUGACAUCAUGCAACAAGAUGUGGGUGAUGAUGAUGAUGACGACGACGAUGACGAUGAUGGCGAUUACGAUAAUUACGACGAUAACUUUGAUUCGAACUGUCCCGAAUGGUGCCGGUGCUCAAAGAGAGUUCUGCAGUGCUCAGAUCAGGGUCUUACCAAAGUGCCAAAGGACAUUCCAGCAAACACAGUGCUCAUCGAUCUCCAAAACAAUGACAUCACCGAAAUCAAGGAAGAUGAUUUUGAGGGCUUGAAUAAUCUCUAUGCCCUGUUUCUCCUCAAUAACCAAAUAUCUAAGGUUCACCCAAAGGCAUUUCGCAACAUGGACAAACUCAAGAUUCUCCACCUGUCAUAUAACGAGCUGACGCAAAUACCUGAGAACCUUCCCAAGGGCAUUCAAUCGAUGAGACUGCAUGACAACAAGAUCAGCCGAAUCCCAAAAGGAGCAUUUAAAGGAAUGCAAGACCUAAAUGUUUUAGAGCUGAGUGCGAAUCCAAUUGCAAACAGCGGGAUUGAACCAGGGGCUUUUGAUGAUAUGGCAACUCUCUACUUGAGAAUAGCGGAAUCAAAGCUCACAGCAGUGCCUAGUGGUCUCCCGUCUUCCCUCAACGAACUUCACUUGGACUAUAACAAGAUUGGCAAACUAGAGGCAGAGGAUUUCUUGCGAUUAAAAAGUCUACAAAGGUUGUGGCUCGAUUUCAAUCAAAUAAAGUCUGUGGAGAACGGAACUUUCGCCGGCAUUCCCAAAAUCAGAGAAAUACAUCUGGACAACAAUAAACUGAAAAAAGUUCCUCCUGGCUUGAACACCCUGAAAUAUUUGCAGGUAAUGUAUCUACAUGCCAACAGCAUCAGCUAUGUUGGAGUAAAUGACUUCUGCCCUUUGAGAGCCAGAGCAAAAAAGACCCUUUACACUAGGAUCAGUUUAUUUGCCAACCCAGUGAAAUACUGGGAGAUUCAACCGCCCACUUUCCGGUGCGUAUCAAGUCACAAUGCGGUGCAACUGGGCAACCACAGAAAGUGAGCUGAGUGGUUCUUACCAACGUAAACCAUCUUUCCACUGGAGGAGAGCAUUUGUAAUCAAUCUUAGGAUAGUCAUAAAAUUCAUCCUAAUGCAAUACAAUAUUCUUUCAUGCCAUCACAGUGAUGUACAGAACCUAAUUUAACCCUUAAUCAAGAGCAUCAUAUCUGCAGUGGCUUAACACUCAAUACUUGAAUUUGGUUAGGAUUUUAAUGGCAUGACAGUAUGCCUAGUGGGAUAUUCUGCCGGGAUGUCAAGUACGAAUGAAUUGGGCUUGUUUUAAAAUAAACAACACAGUAUGCAAUAGAUAAAUAGGCUUUCAUAGUUACUGUUUACAUUGAAUUCCUUUUAACUGGGUGAAAAAUCUAGUCACAUAUUCGUGAAUAAUAAUUUCCCCAGUGUAUUGAAUUUCUAUAAAUACUUAUUUGCUUCAAGAAACAACUGUCAAGAAUGAAAGAAAAAGAAACAAAAUGUACCAGUUUGGCCAGUUUGUUCAUUGUUUUUAAGAAUCUACGAAUUGAAUACUUUUGUAUUUUAGAAAAUGGGCAUUAUUCAUUGGUACUUUUGAACUGUUUUAGCGAUAUUUCUAUGAACAGCAAAUGUCAUACAACAAAAUUUUAAAAUUAAUUUCUGAUAUUGCAUGCUAAUUUUUGUGUAACUUUUUAUUUAUGGUAUUAUUUCCUCUCGAAUAUUAUAUGGACAGACAUUCUGUCAGAUCGCAGAAUGAAAAUCCUGAACUUUGUAUGGACCACCUGGUUGGUUGUAGUUUACAAAAGAGUUUCCCUGAUUCUCAGAACUUACUGUAAUUGCAACAAGUGUUUGUUAACCAGCAGUGUUGUGUCACCUGUAUCCAAUUCAGAUGUUGUUUCUUUAGAAAAAUAAAUAAAAAUCAUGUUUUGUGGUCAGUAAAUCUUGUUCACCUCAGAAAGUUAAAGAAUGUGCACAUUUGUCCAGCAGUAAGACAAAACACCAGCAGAUGGAGACUUCAGUGUAGGAUUUGGCUUGUUCUUCAGGACUGGAUAACUCAAUGAAAUCGAACCUCUGAACUUCCAGAAAGACAGUAGCUCCAUGGAGAGCGUUGGGUUUAAUAUAGCCAGACAAUAGGGAUGUUUUGUUGAAAUCAGGUUAACUGUAUAUUCAUUAUGUUAUGUUAUUGUAUGCUAUUCGAAUAAAUGUGAAC